UGUUGACGCCUGUGUGAACACCCUGCAGACGUCAUCAAACCUUAGUUUGCAUGGCGUAAAUGCUCCGCUUGAAGCAGUUGACACUUGCAAACUGCUACAUUGUCCGCGUUUCCUGAAGCACGGCGCCCAUGGCAAGAUAGGGGCCAUGGCCUCAAGACCGCGCGGGCGACGCGGACGGAGUCGGGACACAAAAGACCCAAAAGACCGGGGAGACCGGGACCGUGACAGAGACCGCGGAGAUCGGGACCGCGGGGAUCGCGGCCGUGGAGGAAGGCCUCAGAACGACAAGCGCAGCCGUGGACGAGGCAGCACUGGCAGAGAUAGGAGGCCUGGCUCUCGCAGGCGCUCACGAGGAGCAGAAAAUAAGAGCCGAGGCAAGAGCCGAAGCAAGAGCCGAAGCAAGAGCCGAGGCAAGAGCCGAGGCGAGAAGAGCAGAGGCAGAGGAGAGCUGAGCUUCAAGGGCCUCCUGGAGGCAAAGCGCGCCAAGCGAGACCGCGACGGCCGCAAGGACAGCUCCAAGCGGAAGCGCAGGAGAAAAACGGAAAGCGAGCCCGAAAAGGAGACAGAGGAAGCAGAAGAGGAUGGAGACGAAGCCGAGGAUGCAGAGGAUCAGGAUAAGGAGAGCGAUGAAAAGGCUGACACAGAAGUAGAGGAGGACGAAGAAGAAGUGGACGAGAACGACGAAGCAGGGGACAAGGAUGAGGAUGAAGAGCAAGAAGACAAGGACGAUGAGCAAGAUGAAGAUAAGGAGAACGAAAUGGAGGACAAUGAGGAUAAGGACCAAGACUCGCCUGAGGGCAAGGAGGAAGCCGCUGAAGAUGGUGAUGGCAAGUUUGAGCACUUGGAUGCUACUGAACUUGCGAGCUACUGGCAACAGGAGAACCAGGAAGAUGAAAAGGAUGCGAGCGAGGCUGAAGCUCCCGCACUGGCAGCAAGACCUAAGGUCCGGCCGGCGCGACGGGCCGCGCCCCCGCCGGAUCCGAAGGCAAGCGCCGGGCAAAAGGAGCGCGAGAGCGACAAGGACGACAAGGACGAGAAGGACGAGAAGGACGAGAAGGACUCGUCCCAUGCGUCCACUGCCAGUGAGCAGCCAGAGACAUCCGCGCGGAAAGCGAGCACAAGAAGAGGUGAGGGACAUGAAAGGGUCCGAGUGAAGCGCAAGCGAAGGCGAAGGAAAAGACGUGUUGAGGAUGGCGAGCGCAACAAAGGCACUGACAACGAAGAGAAAAAGCCUUCGGACCACGACAUUGUCGCAAUGGUAGUGGCUGCUGCGGACGAGCUCGCUGCUGAUGAGGCUGAGCACACGCAUGAGAGCCGCAAGACAGAGUCGCCGGAGGUGUCGGACGGUGAGAAGGCCUCCGAGAAAGAGGCCGAGGCCGAGGCGUCAGCGGACGAGGCGGCCGAGAGUGAGGCCAAGGCGAGCCAAGAGGAGAAGCCCGACGAGGCGGAAGAGAAAGAGCUCAGCAUGCGGGUGGCAGCUGAAGCGAACGCCUUGAUCCGAGAGGUCUACCAGCGCCAGAACCCGGCCAAACUUGGGGAGGUGAGUGCUCUCCUCGCCAAGUACGCAGGGGCUGAGCUGGCUCUCUACGAGCGCGUUUGCGAGAAGUACGGGGAGACGCCCCAGGACAUCGAAGUGAUACUUCAGAAGGCCGCCCAAGAAGUGGCCAACAAGAGGGCUGCGCCCGAAGCAGCGCCCGCUUUGGCGGCCCGAGCCAAAGGUGCGUCGAAGCCACCGCAGCGCGCCAGCGGCAGCGAAGUCCUGGGUGUGGCUGACACACCAGAAUCUCCUGAGAAGCCACCGGACGAGGUUCUGGCUGCGGCGAUGGAGGAGGUGGAUGGUCAUGAGUCAGGGUCGGAGAAGUCGAAGUCGAAGGAGUCAAAGAAGUCGGAGAAGUCGGAGAAGUCGGAGUCGGGCAAGGGCGAGCCAGAGAAAGGCCGAGGGAAGGCCAGCUCGGUGGACGACGUCUCUGCCCCGCCCAGACAGGGAGUGAAGAGAGUCAAGCGAAAGCGAAGAAAGCGAGUCCCGCGCAAGCAUGAGCGGGACACGCGUGAGGAAGAACUUUCAAGUGAGAAAGAUGGCUACGUGCCAAGGAAAAAGGCACGCGUGCCGGUGAAGGCAGACUCGGAAGAGAGGUCUCCAGAGCCAUCGCCAAAGUCAGUAGCAAAGUCUCCAGAGCCAAAGUCGCCAGAGCCGGUGCCAAAGUCCGAGCCAAAGUCUCCAGAGCCGAAGUCUCCAGAGCCGAAGUCUCCAGAGCCGAAAUCUCCGGAGCCAAAAUCUGCGGAGCCAAAAUCUGCGGAGCCAAAAUCUGCAGAGCUGAAAUCUGCGCAGAAGAAGGAUGCCAGCUCAACGCCUACAAGGGACCAUGCCAACAGCCAAGCAGGCCGAGUCACGGGCUUCGCCAAGAAGUCCUCGGCUCCUCCGCCGGCGCCGGGCCCGCCGCCGGCCGGGCCGCCGCCGGCCGGGCCGCCGCCGGCCGGGCCGCCCAAACCCGCACCGCCCCCGGGCUACUUCCCAGUGCGCCCAGGGCCUCCGCCCAGCGUGCCGCCGCCGCUGGGGCCGCCCCCCGGGUCCUGGGCGCCCAAGGCAGCGGCCAUGUCCAAGCAGGCGGCAAAGGCGGCAGCCAAGGCCAAAGCCAAGGCCCAGGCAGAGGCGGCCCAGGCGGCCCAGGCGGCCCAGGCGGCCCAGGCGGCCCAGGCGGCCCAGUCGGCCAGCGCGGCCAACGCGGCCAAAGCGCAGGCCAAGACAAAAGCCAAGCCAGGCGAGUGUCCAGUGCUGGACGUUGGUCCGGAGAACUCGUCCUCUUAUACCUCCUCCGAGCUGUCGGAGAGCGAGGAGGUCGGGUUGCCGCUGCCACCGGCCGCGAAGGCUAUGGCCACCAUUGGUGCGAAGGCAGCUCCCAAGGCAACCACGGCGAAGAAGUGCCAGAGCGUCAGCAGCUCCGACGUGAGCAGCUCCGAGUCUGAAGCGGAGGCGUCGCAGAAGGCCGUCGCAGGAGUGAGGUUGUCGCCCACAAUCUCCCCGCCGCGGCUUAGAGAGGUCAUGGCAGGGAAAAGGAACGUCGAUAUGGCGAUACUGGAUCGGUAUCAUGAGGUAUUUUGCAGCUGACGUCGUAGACUCGACCUGCAAUGAACGCGGAGAC